GGAUCUGGUGACUCUGAGGGUUCAAUGAACGACAUAAGAUUUAAACUUGAACAUUAAUUGAUAUCUUUUGAGUUUAUUUUUUUUAGUUUUAUCCAAACUGCACUGUCUCCUCGUAAAGCAUUAGCUUGUUGAACCAGCCGCAGUGAUUUAUUCAUUUCCAUGAAAAUGAGGCGGACCGCUGGAAGUCCUGCGGCUUCCUGGAUCCUCGCUGCGGGGCUCCUCUCCAGCCUGUCCGCGGUGGUUCCUGCAGCUCAGCCGCCUCACAUCGUCUUCAUCCUGGCCGAUGACUUCGGUUGGUAUGAUGUGGGCUACCACAGCUCGGAGAUCAGGACUCCGAACCUGGACAAGCUGUCUGCCAGAGGGGUCCGCCUGGAGAACUAUUAUGUCCAGCCGGUGUGCACCCCCUCCAGGAACCAGCUCAUGACUGGGAGGUACCAGAUCCACACAGGCAUGCAGCACCAGAUCAUCUGGCCGUGCCAGCCGUACUGCGUCCCUCUGGAUGAGAAACUGCUGCCUCAGUUCCUGAAGGAGGCCGGCUACGACACUCACAUGGUGGGGAAGUGGCACCUGGGCAUGUACAAGAAGGACUGUCUGCCCACGCGCAGAGGCUUCGACACAUACUUUGGUUACCUGACAGGAAGUGAGGACUACUUCAGCCACGAGCGCUGUUACCACAUCAAUGGUCUAAACCUGACCCGCUGUGCACUGGACCUGAGGGACGGAGAGGAGGUGGCCACCGCCUACAAAGGAGCUUAUUCCACUGAGCUGUUCAGUCAGAGAGCCGUCAGUGUCAUCAAUAAACACAACUCCAGCAAGCCGCUCUUCCUCUACGUGGCGCUGCAGGCGGUGCAUUCGCCCCUGCAGGUACCGGAGUGCUACUUGACCCCCUACGGUUUCAUCGAAGACCGUCAACGCAGGCUGUACGCCGGCAUGGUGUCGGCCAUGGACGAGGCUGUGGGCAACAUCAGCCUGGCCCUGCAGCAGGAGGGACUCUGGGAAAACACGGUCCUGGUGUUUUCCACAGAUAACGGCGGUCAGACAGUGUCUGGUGGCAGCAACUGGCCGCUGCGUGGGAGGAAGCUGUCGCUGUGGGAAGGAGGCGUGCAUGGAGUGGGAUUUGUCACCGGCCCGCUGCUGGAAAAACCCGGAACCACCAACCAUGAGCUCAUCCACAUCUCCGACUGGCUGCCUACUUUUGUUGGCCUGGCAGGCGGGAGUACCAAGGGAACAAAGCCGCUGGACGGGUUUGACGUGUGGAAGACAAUCAGCAAAGGCUUUGCCUCGCCCAGACUGGAGCUGCUGCACAACAUUGACCCUUUGUAUAGUGACCUCGCUCCAUGUCCUGGCAGGCAGAGCCCGUUAACUUUGGCUCGGGGGUCCCCUGAAAAGUGGAGGGCCAACUCCAGCUUCAAUGUGUCCAUUCACGCAGCCAUUCGAUCCUCCAACUGGAAGCUGCUGACUGGAUACCCCGGCUGUCAAGUUUGGUUCCCCCGACCCGGCCACAACAGCUCUGAGUCUGAGCUCUCUAAGGAGGAUCCACUGAAACCCGUCAUGCUGUUUGACGUGGAGAAAGAUCCCGAGGAGAGAAAUGAGGUGUCAGCUCAUUUCCCCGAUGUGGUUGAGUAUCUCCUCAAUAGACUCGAAGAGCACCAGAAAACUGCACUGCCCAUAAACUACCCUAAAGAUGACCCCAGAUGUGACCCGGGCCCCACUGGAGCCUGGGGGCCUUGGGCUUAGACGGAGACAACGGAGACAUCAUGAAGGUUUCUAUUUGCACUUUGUUUACUGUGAAAUCUAACAGCAGAGAACAAUGUAAAUAUUGUUUUUAUGAACAAAUUCUUUCAGAUUCUGAGUUUUGCUUAAACUGCUUUCAAGGUAGCUUUUCAAAAAAUGGUCUCUUAAUGCCAGGCCAUAUCUGUCGUUCUUUUUUAACUGGAAUUUGCACCCAGUUUUUCUCCUUUUGGGAAAAAUCAGACUUUUACAUGUUUGAGAAAUAAAAAAUGUUAAAGCCGCACUUGAACAAUCAUUAAUCCAGAAUAUAUUUGGUGACUUUUUCUAAAGGGAAAAAAAAAUAAAAAUCUGCAUCUAAUAAUGUUCUAAUUAAUGCAAAUCAUUACCUCUUUAGGUCCCGUUUUAUUUUUCUUUCUCAGCUAUUCUUUCAGAGUAACUGAAUACCUACAUUCAAUACCUACAGAAUAGGCAGCAUAAUCUUUUAAAUGAAUGUAAAACCAUUUUAACCUUCCCAUGGUGGCUUCAAAAUAAAGAAAAUAUAUAUAUUAUCUGAAUUUGCAGGUUGAUGAACCCUUUUUGGAGUGCAUUAUGAUGUCAAGUUUGGACUAAUAAUGCCAGAAGUGUUUAUGAUCUGAUACUUUAAAUCUGGCAUGUCCACAGUCUGUCCUCGAGGGCCGCUGUCCUGCAGGUUUUAGAGUUUUUACAGCUUUAGCACAGCUGAUUUCCUUUGAUAGCUGGUUAACAGCCUAGAAAUGUUGAAAAUCUGUUUGACAGCGGCUGCAAGUCAAAGUUGGUGGCUGGUGUAGCUUUUUCUUCCCUCAUUUGGAUGAUAAAAAUGGCAAUGAUAACAAAUACACGACAUGCUGAACAGGUCUCAAUCUAUAGAAACAUUAAGAAAUCAGAGUAAACAAGACAUAUUUUUACUAAAUGGAGGGAGCUGAACUGCAUGCGGCUGAUGUGAUCUUGAGGCUUGGCUGUUGAAUGAAUCUGUCGCUGUAUUAGCUGAUUCAA